UCAGAGUGUCAUGCUGUGUCUCCGGUUUUUCACAGUUCGCUGGAGGUAAAGGAGCUCAGGCUGAAAACUCUCCUGUGACAGAAUCAAAGCCUCGCCAUAGUGAAAUUCCCCACUGGACUGUCAGCCCCGACUCCAAUGAAGCUGAUAAGCAGCCUUGAUGUUUCAAAAACACUUAAUGCCAAUAACAUGGAGACAUUAAUUGAAUGUCAGUCAGAGGGUGAUAUCAAGGCGCUUCCCCUGCUGACAUCAUGUGAGAGUGAAGACAGCAUUUGCCAGCUAAUUGAAGUUAAGAAGAGGAAGAAAGUGCUGUCCUGGCCCUCUCUCAUAAGAAAGCUUUCUCCUUCCUCCGACUUCUCUGGAUCAUUGGAACCAGAGCUGAAAGUGUCACUGUUUGAUCAACCCUUGUCAAUCAUCUGUGGGGAAAAUGACACACUUCCCAGGCCCAUCCAGGAAAUCCUCACCAUCCUCUGCCUUAAGGGCCCUUCAACUGAAGGAAUAUUCAGGAAAGCUGCCAGCGAGAAAGCCCGCAAGGAGCUGAAAGAAGAGCUUAACUGCGGGGCCUCUGUGGAUCUGAACCAGCUGCCUGUGCACCUCCUGGCUGUGGUCUUCAAGGACUUCCUCCGAGGAAUCCCCCUCAAGCUGCUUUCCUGUGACCUCUUUGAGGAGUGGAUGGGUGCCCUGGAGAAGCCGAGCGAGGAGGACAGAAUUGAGGCCUUAAAGCAGGUUGCCGACCGCCUCCCCCGGCCCAACCUCCGGCUGCUCAGACACUUGCUCUGUGUGCUGCACCUCAUCAGCAGGAACGCCGAGGUCAACAAGAUGGAUUCUAGCAAUCUCGCCAUCUGCAUCGGGCCCAACAUGCUCACUCUGAAGAAUGAUCAGGGCCUGUCUUUCCAGGCCCAGAAGGACCUGAACAAUAAGGUUAAGACAUUGGUGGAAUUCCUCAUUGACAACUGCUUGGAAAUAUUUGGGGAGAACAUUCCGACACAUCCCCGCAUCACUUCCGAUGACUCUCUGGAACACACUGACGGUUCAGAUGUGUCAACUCUGCAGAAUGACUCAGCUUAUGACAGCAAUGACCCAGAUGUGGAGCCCACGAAUGCCAUCGCCUCUCCCAGUAGGCAGCUGGAGGGGCCCACUGCCACAGUGGCUGUCCUUGAAACCCGGAGCCCACAGGACACCAGUGAGUCAAGCUUGGAGCCAAAUUUUAGCAUGGUAGCCAGGUUGAAGAGCUCCAUUGGCCAGCAAGACAGGCGGUUCUCUGAACCCAACAUGUCACCCUCACAAGAGUGCCUCAUGGAACGAAUGACAAAGCAGAAGCUAACGAAGAGUGAGGAUGGCUUCACCAUGCCCCAGGAGGCCUGUUUUGAAGGUGAUGAGGCUGAAGACCCAUUUACAGAGGAAGUCUUCCCAGCAGUUGAAGGCAAGCCCAAAAGACCAGUGGAUUUGAAGGUAAAGAACUUGGUCCAAGGUUUAGCAUCAUCACAGGGACUGGUACACAAAGCUUUCUCUAGUGUCUCCACGGUUGAAUCUUUGGACAGCUCACCUGCGCCUUCUCCUUCAUGUCCCAAAAGAAACUUCUUCACCAGACACCAGAGUUUCACCACAAAGAUGGACAAGCUCAAACCCCAAAGAGAAGUUCGAAAGCACUCAAUGUCAUUUUCCUUUGCCUCUCACAAAAAAGUCCUGGCCCGGACCUCCAGCAUUGGGUCUGAGAAAUCCAAAAACUUUUCUAGAGACCAAAUCAAAGAUUUGAGGAAAGAAAGCCAGCUUGCUGGAAGAAUCAUCCAGGAAAAUGAAUCAGCAAUCCAAAGCCAAACAACUCUGGGCUUCAGUUUGUCCAGAACCUGGGCUGUCUCAGUUGAUAACAUGUUCCAGCUAGUUGAUGUGAGAAAGCCAGGAAGCCCUCCUUCUUAUGAAGAGGCCAUUCAUUGCCAGACAUCCGGACUCACAGCCUACGCUGGCCAGACGGUUGGAAGUAUGAGAGAGAGGAUGCUCAAAUGGAGCACAGCGUUGACCCCUCUGCCUUCUCACCACGGAGGCGACCACAGUGAAGGGACACCUGGUGGACACAGGUUGUCUCCCAUGACUGAACACUGGAAACAGAGUCAGACUGUCAGUGUCUCUGUGGAAACUCAGGGGAGAUCUGAGCUGCACCGAUUGAGGACCAUGUCGGAGUCCGUGCAGAAGGCCAAGCUGGACUGUCUCAGACAACAGCACAGCCACAUGGUCUUUGAGGCCAACCGACUCCAAUGUGCUAAAGAAUCCUACAUUUAGGAGGGAGACCUUGGACCAUGGCUAACUUGUAUGUGGAGACGGGACUGCCCAGAGAACUGCCUGCUAAGUCUGUUUUUCAAAAGGUCGUGAAUAAGCUCAUUCAGAAUGUCGUGCAGAGCUGUCCUCUGUGAGGGGGGCUUACACAGUGACACCAGAGGGUGUCUGUGUGUAACUGGGUUUGUGCAAUAUGUAGUAAAUGUAUAAAAUGUAUUACAUACAAGGUAUUAGAUGCAAAGGGUAUUUACGUAUACCCCUUCAUGCAUGCAUUUCUGUACUUUAUAUAUAUAUACAUACAUACAAUUA